AUGUCUGCGCUGGCAUCCGUCCCUUUCACAGCUGUCAACUCAAUUUCUGCGCUCUUUUCUUGGUUCUUUUGUUCUGGUUCCUCUCGACUCGACAAGCACACCUGCUCUGCUCUUAUUCCUCUUCCUUCCCCCCACCCCAAUUUCUCGCCAGUUCUCCCACCCAGCCGUCGCUCUCGCUCCCAUCCCGCCGUAUCCUCUCCCUCACUACCCGCCUUCACCUCUCCUAUUCACCUCACAGUCACUCAGUCCCACACCGCGAUCUCCUCUUCCUUACUUCCCCAUCGUCGCCUCUCCCUCCUCCCCGUCGUCGCCUCUCCCUCCUCCCCGUCGUCGCCUCUCCCUCCUCCCCGUCGUCGCCUCUCCCUCCUCCCCGUCGUCGCCUCUCCCUCCUCCCCGUCGUCGCAUCUCCCUCCUCCCCGUCGUCGCCUCUCCCUCCUCCCCGCCGUCGCCUCUCCCUCCUCCCCGCCGUCGCCUCUCCCUCCUCCCUGUCGUCGCCUCUCCCUCCUCCCCGCCGUCGCCUCUCCCUCCUCCCUGCCGUCGCCUCUCCCUCCUCCCCGUCGUCGCCUCUCCCUCCUCCCCGCCGUCACCUCUCCCUCCUCCCCGCCGUCGCCGCUCCAUCCUCCCCGCCGUCGCCGCUCCUUCCUCCCCGCCGUCGCCUCUCCCUCCUCCCCGCCGUCCCCUCUCCCUCCACGCGGUUGCCUCUCCCUCCUCCCCGCCGUCGCCGCUCCCUCCUCCCCGCCGUCGCCUCUCCCUCCUCCCCGCCGUCGCCUCUUCCUCCUCCCCGCCGUCGCCUCCGGCGACAGGGAGUUCAAGCUGCAGCCUUUGUUUCUUGCGGAGAAAAGGGAUGGGGAGAAGGGAGAUGAGGGAAAUGAGGGAGGGAGGGAGGGAGGGAGGGAGGGAGGGAGGGAGGGAGGGAGGGAGGGAGGGGAACGGGGGACAGGAUAG